UGUUCUAGAUAGCUAAAUACAAAGUAAUUAAUUAACAAUGCGUUCAAUUAACCGCCAAAAAUUUAAAUAUCAAAUACUUUACAGAUUUAAAUUGUUUACUUUAUCGAUUUAAAUCUGAUAAAACCGGGUCCAAAGGUCUUUCCGAAUCAAAUAAAACAAAAAUUAUCUCCCCUGUCUUAUUAAACGUUCUAAUUUUCUGAUGAAUUCCCUGCUUGUGAAAGUUUAUCAUCUCACAGCAUUUGUUGUGUUGCUGGGAUCUUUCAUUUACAAUCAAAUACAAAUCAGAGAUGAACAUGGAGGAGGCAUACUCAGCUACAAAGGAUUUGGUGGAAAAUUCAAAUAUUUAACAUUUUGGUAUUUUUGUAUUCAGACAUUAUACUUUGGCAUCACUGUACUGAAUGAUUUUUGUGGAUCCAAUGUUCGACCAUCAGAAAAAGGACAAAAAAUAUCAUCUAUGCAGAAAUUUAGAGAUUAUUUCUUAGCAACGCUUGUUUUUCCUGUUGGAGUGUUUGUGGUGAUGACAUUCUGGGGUAUAUAUGCUGUGGAUAGAGAACUAGUCUAUCCAAGAGCAUUGGAUAAAAUUAUACCACCAUGGCUCAAUCAUAUUAUGCAUACAACUAUUGUACCAUUUUUAUUAAUAGAGAAAUACAUAGUAUAUCAUCAGUAUCCUCCACGUAAAUCUGGUUUGAUAACCUUGUUGGGUUUUGCAUUGCUAUAUUUAGUGUGGAUAUUGUGGAUAGCUUACUAUGCCAAUAUUUGGGUAUAUCCUAUAUUGAAAGUUUUACAGCCCCACCAGAGAGCUGUGUUUAUCAUAGUACUGUUAUUCCUAUUUAUUAGUUUAUAUAUACUAGGAGAGGCUAUUAAUAAAUUUUUCUGGGGAAAAGAAAGAUCUGUUCAAUCAAGAAAAAUGAAAAAUACACAAAAAGUCAAAUAGCAACCAGAAUUUUGAUAGAAGAAGGAAUUGUUUAAUGAUUUUAUUUGUAUAUUUUCAAAUGUCUCACUGUUGUUGUGAAUUGUAAUUUCUUAAAACAUGUAUUUAUUAAUUAUGCAUGUACUAUUUUAUUUUUAUAAAAUACCAAAUGUAUUUUAAUUUUAAAUGUUAUAGUGAUGGAAGAGCAGCAUAAUAAUGUUGUAAGAUGUUUCUUGCAUGCAUUUUAUCUUUAACAAAUUAGUCCCAGAAAUAAAAAAACAACACACAAAUAAAAUUUUACUUUCCUGGGGGUCAUGAUGGGGUCAACAGAAUAAAUAAUUAUCACAGAAUAUGCAGAG